AUGGGCGGCGGUGGUGCUGCCCCCGGCGGUGACGAUGUUCUCGCCCACCACGGUCCCACUGGCUUCCGUGGCCUCUUCUCCAACGGCAAAUCGCUUGGUAUCGCCCUCUUUGCCUCCCUCGGUGGUGUGCUCUACGGCUACAACCAGGGCGUCUUCGGCCAAGUGCAAGUGAUGGCGAACUUUGAGGACCGCUAUGCUGCGACACUGGCAAACGGUACGACUAAGGGCUUCCUCACUUCAAUUCUUGAACUCGGCGCAUUCGUGGGAUCCCUGAUGGCUGGUCCCCUUGCGGACAUGUACUCUCGCAAGUACUCAAUUUCGGGUUGGUGUGUCUUGUUCGUCAUGGGCACUGCGAUCCAAGUCGGCGCCAACUACAAUGUGGCGUGUAUCUACGUCGGUCGUUGGUUUGGUGGUAUGGCAGUCGGUGCCUUGUCCAUGCUGGUCCCCAUGUUCAACGCAGAGCUGGCUCCGUCCGGCAUCCGUGGUUCGCUGGUCGCGCUCCAACAGCUCGCCAUUACCUUUGGUAUCCUGAUCUCGUACUGGAUUGGCUACGGAACUAACUACAUUGGCGGCACAAGCUACGACUCAGCCACUCAUACCGGCCAGUCCGAGGCAUCCUGGCGCGUCCCCCUUGCCAUCCAAUUGAUUCCUGCAAUCAUCCUCGGCAUCGGCGCCCUCUUCAUUCCUUUCUCCCCCCGUUGGCUCAUGCUCCGGGGACGUGAGGAGGAGUGUCUCGACACCCUCGCUUAUCUGCGUGAUUCUCCUGCGGAGAAUUAUGCCGUUCAGUACGAAUUCCGCUCCCUUCAGGCGGAGCGCCUGGUGGAGCGUGAGGCCGCAAAGGAGAGGUACGGAAUGGACGAAGUGACCUUCAAGGUGUCGUUGCUCGAGUAUAAGAGGCUCUUCACCACUAAGGCUCUACUCCAUCGCCUGUUUAUUGGAGCUUCGGCACAGGCACUUCAACAGUGGACUGGUAUCAACGCAAUCAUCUACUACGCACCGACCGUUUUCGAAGGCAUCGGAUUGACCGGAGGGUCCACCUCGCUCCUGGCGACUGGAGUUGUGGGCAUUGUCAACUUUGUCUUUACCAUCCCUGCUGUCCUCUUCGUAGACAAUGUCGGUCGUCGCCCCCUUCUCAUAUGGGGUGAGGCCAAUAUGGCUAUUUCCCACGCCACUGUUGCCGCAAUUGUCGCCGUCUACGGUGGAGACUUCGGACACCACAAGACAGCUGGCAACGCUGCAGUCUUCAUGAUCUUCUGGUACAUUUCAACCUUUGCCUACACGUGGGGCCCAUUGGCCUGGGUGGUUUCCGCCGAAGUCUUCCCUCUCGACAUGCGCGCGAAGGGCAUGUCUGUUUCCUCUGCGACAAACUGGAUCAUUAACUUCACUGUAGCACAAACCACCCCUGUUAUGUUCGACAACAUUGGCUACAAGACGUACCUCGUCUUCAUGUGUUUCUGUGUGGUGGGCCUGCUUUAUGCCGUGUUCCUUUUGCCGGAACUCAAGGGACUUUCCUUGGAAGAAGUGGACAACAUCUUUGGCGACAAGUCCGGCUCCGAGGAUGCGCUGCGCCGUGAGCGCGUUGCCAAGCAGAUUGGCCUGGACAAGCUGGCCCACCAUGUUCAGCACGCGGAGGACCCCGAGCGCGGACUCAAUGGGACUCACGGGUCGGAUGCGUCCAGCGACCACGCCCAGGUCGCCCAGAUUUAA